AUGAGUAACACAUUUCGAAGGAAUAUGCCCAUCUCGGCAUAUUCCCCUUUCCUCACUUUAAUUCUCUUGCCCUCUCUUUUAUUCCUACUCUGCCUACCUGCGCCUGCCUCGGCUGCCGGCUCAGCUGUCCUUGGAAUCGAUCUUGGAACAGAGUAUCUAAAGGCCGCUCUCGUGAAACCCGGUAUACCUCUUGAGAUUGUCUUAACCAAGGACUCGAAACGCAAAGAAUAUGCGGCGGUCACCUUUAAGCCCUCCCGAGACGGAAAUGCGGCUUUCCCCGAACGGUUUUACGGCAGUGACGCCCUCGCCCUGGCUGCUCGAUAUCCCGAUGACGUCUACUCGAACCUGAAGACACUGCUUGGUUUACCAUUCUCGGAAGAUAGUGAUGCUGUCAAGUUAUAUAGCGGAAGAUAUCCUGCCUUGAAAAUUGAGGCCGCUGAGGGAGAUAGGGAUACUGUUGCGCUGCGUAGCCAGAGAUUGGGCACUGCUGAAGGCAAGGACGCAUUCUUGGUAGAAGAAAUUCUUUCCAUGCAGCUCAAGCAGAUCAAGACAAAUGCCGAAACUCUAGCUGGAAAGGGCACUACUAUCCAGGAUGCUGUCAUCACAUUCCCGGCUUACUAUACCGCCGAAGAGAGAAGAAGCGUUGAACUGGCUGCUGAGUUAGCAGGUCUGCACGUGGAAGCUUUGAUUAGCGACGGUCUUGCUGUUGGAUUAAAUUAUGCCACCAGUCGAACCUUCCCUAGUGUCUCCGAUGGCGAACAACCAGAAUACCAUUUGGUGUAUGACAUGGGCGCAGGAUCUACCACAGCUACCGUUCUACGAUUCCAGAGCCGAACCGUGAAGGAUGUCGGUCGUUUCAACAAGACUGUUCAGGAAGUUCAUGUCUUGGGAGCUGGAUGGGACCGGACAUUGGGAGGAGACGCCCUGAACGAGCUGAUCGUGGAUGACAUGGUCAACAAAUUGGUUGCGAGCAAGAAGCUCAAAGCUGGAACAACAGUCGCGGAUGUGAAAGUUCAUGGGAAGACUAUGGCCAAACUCUGGAAGGACUCUGAGCGUAUGCGGCAAAUUUUGAGCGCAAACACUGAAACUAGCUCCACAUUUGAAGGCCUCUACGAAGAAGACGUAAUUUUCAAAUACAAAAUUACCCGAUCAGAGUUUGAGAAACUGGUCAAGGAUCAGGCUCUUAGAGUUGGAAAACCAAUUGAAGAUGCUCUGAAAGCAGCAGGUCUGAAACUUAGUGAUUUGGAGUCUGUCAUUCUCCACGGAGGUGCUAUCAGGACUCCAUUCGUUCAAAAACAGCUAGAAAAGCAAUGUGGAAGCGGUAAGCUCAGAACAAAUGUGAAUGCCGAUGAGGCCGCAGUUUUUGGUGCAGCUUUCAAAGGAGCAGCAUUGAGUCCUAGCUUCAGAGUCAAAGAUAUUCGUGCAGUGGACUCUGCUAGCUACGCUGUUAGUAUCAAAUGGACGUCAGAUGAGAAAGAACGACAACAAAAGCUUUUUACCCCAACUUCCCAGGUUGGUGUUGAGAAACAGGUCACCGUGAAGAACCAAGAUGAUUUUGAGCUCAGCUUCUACCAACAGAUCCCGGCUGGCGAGGACGUGAUUGAAACUCCGGUGCUCAACGUCGCCACACAAAACUUGACGGCAUCUGUUAGCAAGCUUACUGAGAAGUUCGCUUGUGCGCCUGUCAACAUCACUACAAAACUCAAUGUCCGUCUCAGUCCUAUUGACGGCCUUCCAGAGGUUACCGGCGCAUUUGUCAGUUGCGAAGUCGACACCAAGAAGGGAAGCGUAGUUGAUGAGGUCAAAGGCUUCUUUGGUCUAGGGAAGAAAGACGACCAAAAGCCCUUGAAUACAGAGACUGACGAUGAGCCAACCGAGUCUGUUACUCUUGAAGACGAGGCUCCAACUUCCUCGGCACCUGAAUCGUCGACCACCAUCACCGCUACAGCCUCGGCUAAAGAGACACCAAAGACAGAAGCAGGACCUAGAAUCGAAAGUAUCGCUGUCGGUUUGAAAUCUUCGUCUCUUGGGCGUCCGCCUCUGUCAACAACGGAACUCAAUCGAAUCAAGGACCGUCUUGCUGCGUUCGAUGCAUCUGACCGAGAACGCGUUCUAAGAGAAGAGGCACUCAAUGAGCUCGAGGCAUUCAUCUACAAGGGCCGUGAUUUGUCUGAUGAUUCGGAAUUCCUCAAAGCUAUCAAAGAAGACCAGCUUGCUGUUCUUAACGAACGUCUUGAGGCAGCAAGUGAAUGGCUCUACGGUGAUGGCGCAGAUGCAAGCACAAAGAAUUUCAGGGAGAAAUUGGCAUCAUUGACUGAAAUUGUCAACCCAGCAUUGAAACGAAAGAAGGAAAACUCUGAGCGUGGUGUCAAGGUACAGCUUCUACAGGAGAUGCUCCACGGAGCAAAGUCCAUUCAGAGCAUUGUAGAUAUGCAAAUUCAGAACGACGAGCAGAUGUUCUCUUCUUCUCAGGUGGCUGAAAGCGAGUCCUCAACAUCUCAGUCUUCGACUACGUCUAGCCCUACCACUACUGCUUCUGCGUCUGAUGAUCUCGACGAAGAUCCUUACUCGUCCUCAAGUAGCUCAUCUACGAAGACAUCAGCAACCGCCAUACCCACCGCACCUACUUACUCCAUCUACACCCCACAAGAUGCCUCAUCCUUGAAAUCUACUCUCGACUCAGUGAGUGCCUGGCUAGACGCUCAACUUGAGAUCCAGAAAACUCUCACCGAAUCUGACGAUCCAGCCAUCACUGUGGCGGAAAUCGACUCUCGACGCAAAGAACUCGAGCGCGUGUUGCAACGUAUAUACACGAAAAUGGGAGCCAAGACUGGUGGCGGCGACUCCUCCUCCAAGAAGAGCGAAGGAAAGAAGAAGGACAGUAGCAAGACAAAGCCGAAGUCAAAAACCGAGAAGACAUCUACAAAAGCGAAACCAUCCGCCAAGGAUGAGUUGUAA